AUACAAGUUGACCCUUGCCGUUGGGUUUGCUAGUGCAUCAGCAAGCGUUACUCAAUCGGGCUGAAAAUCCGAGACUAGCCUGACCAGGCCCAUAAUAACUUAACCCUUGUAGUUGGGCUUUCCAGUCCAUUAGCAAGCGUGACCUGAUCGGCCUGAAAACUAGGGACUAGAACUACCAGGCCCAUUUACAGCAACAAUCCACCAUUCGAGUGUGUCGAAUUUACCAACGGUCGCUGUUUUCGCGUUCUCAACUUUCCUAAACCCCAGAAAACCCUGACAUGCUGAAAUCCAACUCUCUGAUGAAUCUCCAUUGUAAUGGCGUUCGCUCAAUCCGUCGCUCUCAUCCCCCUCUCUUUCUCUGUCCAUCUCACAAUUCUAGGUCGCCGAAAGUAACUUCUCUCUCGAAACUACGCUUUAACAAUCCUAGAAAUCCUCUACCGGUACUCUCCUGCUCUUCACCGGAGGAAUUCCUUCAAAUUGUGGCCGACUCCGGUGAAUCAACCCUUCCUUGCGUCAGAACAUUCGAGAACGACCUUGCUCGUCUCAGCCUCGUUGGUGCCGUCAGCUCUGAGCAGGCUAUUACUGCAGCUGCAGCUGAUGGAGGCCGAGUAGCGGCUGAGCACAUUGACUCUGGAGUCCCCGCAAUGGUAGCUGAGACGGUGUUCCCUGGCCCAGUCGAUGAACAUGCAACCAUUUCUACGCGAUUGUUUUUGCCUGCUAGGAAAGUUCAAGAAAAAGCAAGGAAGCUCAGAAAAUCUUUCUCCAAGGAUAUCAUGUCAAGUAUGACGUCUACAAACAUUCUUGCCAUGACAUUUAGACAAGUAGUUUUGCAGCAGCUCUGGAGUUUUGAACUGGUCUUGUUUAGACCUGGGACUGAAAGAAAUAUGAAAGUUCUUGAGAACUCACGAGAGGUUCCGGCAUCUUUAUCUCUCAGCUCAUCAGAUGAACGUGCUAUAUCUGUGCUUUCUGAAGCUGUUUGCAGCUGUGCUCUUCGAAGUACUGAAAGAAAUUUUCAUGAUGAUAUGUCGAUUAAAAAUUCAAUUAAUGUUUUCACUUGGUUUCGUAAAUCUAAGACAAUUGCAUCAAAAGAUUCCUCUGUUAUCAUACAUCCUUUAUUUGAAGAUGAAAUAGUAGAAAAUGCGAAGAAACUGCUAGAAAGUUUCAAUAAAACAGAUGAAAAGCUGAGGCCAGUGAAAAGGAAACCGAAGAACCCAUGGUGGACUCCAUCAGUACAGUCUAAGUUGGAAAAGAUUGGUGGUACAGAUUUUAGUGCUUGGAUAAGUGAAUACAUACCUGCUUACCGUGUACAAAUUGAUGCUUCUAAACUUAAGGAUUUGAAGGUUAAGGGCUGGAAUAAAGCUGCAGAGAAUAGGUGGGAAGUUAUUCUUACCCACUCGCAAAUGGUUGAAUUAGCCAGCAUCGUGGAUAUGUACUAUGAAGAUCUGUACUCACUGCCCAACAAACAGCUAUCAUAUGAUGUGGUUGGAAAAUUCACUAACUUGUCCAGUAAAAAGAGGAACGUUUCGUUCAUGAACAUCCUGUCAAUUACCCUUGUGAGUGGAAUCUUUCUCGUUGCCAUAAGUGCUCUUGGACAAAUUUUUCUGCCUUAUCUACGGAAGGGACAAAAUUUCCCUAUAAAUUUCAGGUCUCUUCCAUCAUCCGAAAAUAAGCAUGCAGUGCACCAGUCUUCUGAUGCUACAAAGUUGGAAGCAAUCUGCAUCUCAGUCGUCGAAAGGAUAAAGGAUGCGUUUGCCUGGCCAGGCGAUGUAAUGUGGCAAUUAAAUGUGGGCGCAUGGAUUGGGGAAGUACCACAUCACUUAAAACUGAUGUGUGAAGAUACCAGUGGUGAAGAAAAUUCAACUGAUUCUGCCUUUAAAGAGACACUUGAUUCAGAAAUAAAAUCUUUGGCACAGGAUAUUGCCACUUAUCAGGUUGUAUUGUCAACUGAUGGAAAGGUUAUUGGCUUCCAACCUACAAGCCGGGUAGGUGUUAAUCACUGGGCAUCUAAUCCCUUAGCCAAGGAACUCUAUGGUGGGAGGAAGCUUUCUCCUGGUUUCAUUGAAGGCGGUCUCAGCAUUCCCCUCCCAUCCGAGGUAGUUGUAAUAGAGCUAUUAAUGUCAGUGACUUCUGAUGCCCGUUUUGCGUUGGCGAGGCCAGUUCAAUGAUUAUUUCCAAUGGUUGUACAUGAAGGAUUAAUUUAGUCCUCCGGGAUGCUACGCCGUUAUGACUGAUAAGUUCAAAAGAAAUCAUUUUUAAUAUAGAACCAUAGAAUAUUUUUGAAAGUUGAUAUAAUGAUAUACCUCGUCAAUAUCUUGUAAUAUUUUGCUUCGUUGCUUUUAGUUUUAGCCAACUACCUGGUAAGCAUAUUUGGACACUAACGGGAGGUAGAAGUUUAAUGA